AAAAGCACAAGAAGCAGAGAGAGUCAGAGAAUUGGGAGAAGGGAGGAGAGGAAGAUGUUUGCAGCAGAGAAUGGGUUGAAGGGAGACCCAAGGCUUGAGGCGAUUUCUGAUGCAAUUAGAGUGAUACCCCAUUUCCCAAAACCAGGUAUAAUGUUCCAAGAUAUAACCCCUUUGUUUCUCAACCACAAAGUUUUCAAAGACACAGUCGACAUUUUUGUCGAGAGAUACAGAGACAUGGCCAUUUCUGUUGUUGCAGGAAUUGAAGCAAGAGGAUUUAUGUUUGCUCCUUGUAUUGCCUUGGCUAUUGGUGCCAAGUUUGUUCCACUGCGCAAACGUGGAAAAUUGCCCGGUAAAGUAAUAUCAGAGGCGUAUGAGCUGGAAUAUGGUAAGGACUGCCUAGAGAUGCAUGUUGGUGCUGUGCAACAAGGGGAGAAGGCAGUGGUGAUUGAUGAUCUUGUUGCUACUGGUGGGACCAUUUCUGCAGCUAUCAAGCUGUUAGAAUGCGUGGGGGCUCAAGUGGUGGAAUGUGCUUGUGUUAUCGGAGUGCCCGAGCUUAUUAAGGCAGAGAACAGGCUAAAUGGAAAGCCACUUUACAUGCUUGUGGAGCCAAAUGAAGUACAAGGCUGUUGCUGAUCCUCAUCAGUAUAAGAGGCUUCAACCACACUUUUUCACGCUUCUAUACAAGCUUGCUGUUUUGGGCUGUUUCUGAAAAUUUUCUGGGGAUCCAUGUGAAAAUAUGAGAUAUCAAACUGCACUUUUCUUGAUUUAUUCUAUUGUAACUUUUGAAAGUUGAUUAGAGUUUAGUUGGCUACCACCAACACUGUUAUUAGGUAUGGAUUGAAUUUUUCACUUGGAAAAACUUGAGCACAUCAGCACUACAAACCUAUGAACAAAUAGUUGUUCUUGUUUACUCAA